AUGUAUCCUGGACAUGGACAGCGACAGCCUAGUAGGGCUCCCAAUGACCCGCAAAACCAGUUUAAUCCAGCGAUACACCAUGGAACUGAGCCGGAGCCUUACAGUAACCAGUUCAAUCCUGGAGAUUCCUCCCUCAGCCUUCCGAACCAUGGCUUGCCCCGGCGUGACGAAUUUUUUAGUGCUGGGAUGGGGGGACAACAGGAUGGACCUGUUACACAAACCCCUGCGCCUGGAUCCUUUCAGCGGCACCUGCAGGAUGCUCCACUGUAUCCCUACCGAGCUGCAGUGACUCCGCAUGCUCGUCAAAUGGGACAUCAUAGCGGCACACCUCAUAACAAUCUUGAUACCCCCGUAGAUCACUCGUCCUUGAAUUCAACUGUAGCUCGUCUUGUAUCUGAAGUGCAAAACCUGAAGGACGUCACUCAGAACCUGCUGUUUUCCAAUAAUGAGCUUCAGCAAUCGAACGACUCACUCAAGGCACGCAUUCAGGUAAAUGAAGAAGCCGUCGAGGAGAUCUUGAAGACCAACAGCAACAGGAAAAAAGUUGGCAACAGAAACGUAUCGAAUUCACAUGCAGCCUUGAAACCAAUAAUCCACCCUUACUUUUUUGAACUUUGUGAUAUUGAUCCGUGCCUCAGCAAAUCAAAGCGCAUAAAGCUGUUGGGAGCUGUCAAACCUUUGGGUAAUGGGGAACCUCACGAGGCAGUAUCUACCAAGAUAGUUUGGCACCUGAACUGGCUUGGUAACGUUGAUGAUGAUGUCAAUGCACUGUACAUCAAGGAGAUCGUCAACCUGGUAUGGGAAAAUGAGAAGGCGCGCCGCGAGAAUCCUAACGCCAAGCAUGAGAUCGCUAAUGAAGACUAUGACCUCACUAUCAUCACCGAGUGCGUGAAAACGUACUUUCGAAACAUUCAUAAGCAAGCAAGCGACCAGGUCAACGACGAUAAGGCAGCCAAAGCUCUGGAACGCAAAGAUAGAUUGCGACAGCGUUCACGUCGUCAAGCAAUCACAAAAUCACGCUGUCAAGCUGCGUUGAUCUAUGAGACUCAAUCAGGGAACAAAGGAGCCGUUGCGAUGAUAGAUACUGACUUUGCUUCUGACAUCCUUUCCUAUGAUUCUGAGGGGGAUCUUUCUGCAGACACACUAUCCAGGUGGGAGAGAGCGAAGCUUGCGAAACUGGCAUUUUAUGUAGAAGGUUCAAAAUGGCGAUCUGUUGAUUAUGUUGCCUUUCUCCGCUGGUUGUCUUUGCGCAAUAUGCAGAAGAACGAGGAGCACAACGAGCCUGAUACGGACGCAGCAGAUGACACCACUCGGCCACCAGCUAACAAGCAUCGCAGAACAGAUGCGCAGAAGCAUCGCAAGAAAGUCUUUGACUUAGCGCCAGCAAAGAUGAAUGACAACAAGCCAAAGUCACAUAAGAAAAAUGUACCAUUCAAAUCUAUGGUAUCUGCAGUCUGGGCUCGUGAUCACGCCGAUGAUACAUUUCUUGAUGGUACUGAAUGGCUGACGGGCUUUUACAAGAACAUAGGCCAGGGUGUAUUGAUAAAAGAAGACGAGGAGUACUUGGGAGAACUUCAGAAGUGGCACGACGAAGAGAUGGAUGCUGAUGAGAUGGUGGUUUGA